UGCUGAUUGUGUGGCGAUCCCUAUCCUCCCGGUCUCAUCACCGGGCAGACGGACGGACGGACAGAGAGGGAGCCACACGGAGCAGGACUCACCGACCAUGGAGCUCCUGUACGGGUUGCAUCUGCUGAGCAGGAAGCGCCUCCUUCCGCAAUAGACGGCCACCAUGGAGCUGAGAUAGCCGCUUCCUGUUCUCUCCACCAAUCACACCCCUUGAUGCGGUGCAACCAUGGGAACAUGGCGCGGUCUACGAGUGGCUUUCAUCCUCGGGUCUUUAUUUAUGAUCCUGCUCAUCAUCGUCUACUGGGAUGAUGUCGGAGGCUUCAAACUCUACCCCCUGCAGGACCCCAAACACGAGUCACUUCCCUCCGCUUGCUGCUCUCAGCUGACCGUGACCACGAGCAGAACCCAAACCAGGUCCACCUUCAACGUCUCCACCACCGCUUCAAAUGCUACACUGAUCCCAAAAACAGCAGGUCAGGAGGAGGAUGAGAAGGAAAAACAGGAGCAGAGAAAGGAGGAUGGGGAGAAGGAGAGGAAUAAGGAACAGGAGAGGAGGAAACAGAGGAUCAUGGAUGUUUGCUCAGGAAGAGGCGCUGCAGAAUUCCCCGGAAGGACUCGGCCUUUUGAGCAGAUCCCCAACAGGGAGCUGGAUCACCUCAUAGUGGACGAUACUCACCAGAUCAUCUACUGCUACGUUCCCAAGGUAGCGUGCACCAACUGGAAGAGAGUGAUGGUGGUUUUGUCUCAGUCACUGAUCUCACCUUCCUCAGGAAAACCUUACACCGACCCAGAGGCUGUACCUCCCGACCUUGUGCACAACUCUUCCCUCCACCUCACCUUCGCUAAGUUUUGGCGCCAUUAUGGUUCUCUUUCCCGCCACCUGAUGGCACUCAAGCUUCAGCACUACACCAAGUUCCUGUUUGUUCGAGACCCUUUUGUGCGUCUCAUCUCUGCCUUCAGGAACAAGUUUGGAAGGCCAAACGAGGACUUCUACAAGCAGUUUGGGUCGGUUAUGCUACGUCGUUAUGGCAAUGUGUCUGGAAGUUUGCCAGAGACGGCGGCCGAGGCGUUCGCAACGGGAAUCAAACCAACAUUUCAUCAAUUCAUCACAUAUCUGCUGGAUCCCGAGACGGAGAGGGAAAGCAUCUUCAACGAGCAUUGGCGACAGGUGUACCGUCUAUGCCAUCCAUGUCAGGUGAAAUAUGACUUCAUUGGGCGACUGGAAACCUUGGAAACAGAUGCGGAGCAUCUACUGAAGCUUCUGGAGGUGGACGAUCUGCUACGUUUCCCUUCAGGGGCCCGAAACCGCACUGCAGCCAGCUGGGAAAGAGACUGGUUCGCACAGAUUCCCAUUACGACACGAAGAAAACUGUACAAGCUGUAUGAACCAGACUUUGAGCUGUUUGGCUACCCCGAACCCGACAGCGUUGUACACCGGUAGACCACACCGAGUCAAAGGCCUAGACGCUGCACUGUGUGUAGAGUCCACACCUCACCUACCACUGCACAGCCAGCACAUGCCUUUAAAGACCAGUCUGUGAUGCUGUAUGUCUCAUUUGUUUUGUGCAUACCUCAAAUGACAGAAGUGCCUGCCAGUAUUAUUUUAAUUUUGUCACCAUUUCAUAUCAGGAGCGGACCUGCUUACAAAUUAUUUUAUCUGUUUUCCCCACAUAAAGGCACCUUGAAGAGUAUUUUGUGAAUAGUACUGUAUUUUGGUAAAUCAUGGGGGCCAGCAGGAGAUAUUUCUGAAGGGAAAUAUGUUGCAGAAAAAUAAAGCAUUUUGUAAAUGUUACAA